AGAAAACCACAAAAAAUGGCUGCCCUGGAGGAGUAUGUUCUGCUGGACGAUCCCAACAUGCUGGUCGCUGCUCUGGGGAUCAUCCUCAAACCCGCGAUUUGGACGGUAAUUUGCAGGUCCGAAUAUCGUACCCGCUGGAUGACCAACUUGUUCCGGUCCAAAUAUACCGCCUGUAGUGUACUGGCCGUUACCAUUCUCCUGAUGGGGGUAGUGAGGGACUCCCUGUACAUGACAGCUCUGCAGAGCCAGCCUACCCUCCCUGCCAUACAUCUACCUGUAGUAGGAUAUGGUAUCGCCGGCAUCGGAUCCCUCUUUGUGUUUAGCUCCUUCUGGCGGCUAGGCUGGUACUGCACCUUCAUGGGUGACUACUUCGGUAUCCACCUGGACGAGCGCAUCGACAGUUUCCCGUUCAGCGUGCUGGACAACCCCAUGUACUGGGGAACUACCCUCAACUUCCUGGGCGUGGCCUUCAUGAUGGGCAGUCCGGCCGGCUUGAUUCUGUGUCUUUUGAUCGUCGUUUGCUACAAGAUUUUGCUAAGAUUGGAAGAGCCUUUCACUGCAGAUAUAUACAGUAAACGUGGUUUGGCACAGAAGAAAGUUUGAUCAAGCAAAACCUCAACUGAAAGGCACCACAUACAGUAAUAUUACGAUGAUACAAAUAGUAAAUUUUCUAAGAUACUUUUGUGUUA